AUGAGGGACACUCCGUCCUGUUUCCCGGCAUCAGCAUCCCAGCGGUCCACAAACCCAAAAUACAUGCAGUUUCUCUCCCUGUCCUACUACCAAGCCCACGGGUUCAUUUACACAUCCCAACCACCGGAGAAGUCUCAUAACUCCAGUAUGCCUAGUGCAGUCAAUCCGGUUAACGCUACUACUGAGGCUACAACUUCCGGUGCACCAACAGCGGCUCCGUCACAGACGGCGGGCGCCGUUGCACCUGUCGCAGACAAGUCCCCCAUGGUCAUGACGACCGUACCGUUACCAUCGUGCGGGAGCCUUUUUCAGCAUUUUGUUUACGCUGCCCAACCAUUCUGGUGCCAUCGACACACCAUCACGGUUCCUGGAGGAGCAGUUUACGACGUGGGCGAUUUUCGGGUGAGAAUCGGUGAUGUGCGGCAAACGCUACCUACUGCGCGUGUUCGAGGCACCGUCAUCGAGAUCGAGUGGAGGGGUCCGUCGUUAAUUACUUCAAUCACUUCACAGUACGUCCGGUCAAGGAGAACGAAUGGCCUCCUUAUGGUUGGCGAGUUGGUGGACGACGACGAUGACUCCGGGAUUGAUAUUUCAUUUGCGGAUGGCAUCGAGGAGGCAGAUAUCGACGCUGAAUAUGCAGCAACCACCAUGCUUAUCCGCGAAUUCUGGGCUAAAUUAGGCAUCGAGGGAGCUCGAGAAGCAAGCCUCUUGCCGGACAUUGGUAAAGAGGUCAAGGAACAACUGUACAAAUUGAAGCAGCAACGGAAGCCUGAAUCUCAUACAAUGACUAAUGGAAAGCAGAGCGGGCAACAAGUAGAAGAAGAUCCUGACCCGACAGCAGGAGUGGAUGUGGCAAGGCAAUUUAUGGAGAUUUUCAGAUUCAACCGAUGA